CAGCAGGAAGUCCAGCAGAUUUGCCAUGAGUGACGUCAUGGCGACUGCAGCAGCAGUGACAGAUGAUCUGCAACCACUGAAACGGAGCAGCAGCUUACAAUGGCUGCCACCUAACAUGUCUGAGCUGAGGGUUGUUCUGCUGGGGAACAGCUGGUCUGAGAGGAGUUCAGUGGGGAACUUCAUACUGGGAGAGACUAAGUUCAACACUGAGGAAGAACCAGACUGCUUCCUGAGAGAAAGAGUGCAGUUGAAGGGGAAAGAAAUAGUUGUCAUCAACACUCCAGAUCUGCUGCAUCCCAACAUCUCUCAACACAAACUGACAGAACAUGUGAAAGACUGUGUGAGACUCUCUGAUCCUGGACCUCAUGUGUUCCUGCUGGUUCUACAGCCUGAAGACUUCACUGAGGAACACAAACUGAGACUACAAUCAAUCCUUGAACUCUUCAGUGAUCAAUCAUUUGAUCAUUCUCUGGUUCUGAUAUCAACACCCAGAGAGGAGAGUCCAGGGUUGAUGGAAAAAUACCUGGAACGUCCUCCAUUAAAAGACAUGAUCAGAAAAUGUAGAUACAGAUAUUUGAGGCAGAAGAACCUUGAACGUUCAGAGCUGUUAACACGCUUGGGUCAAAUUGUGAAGGAGAAUAAUGGAGAAUAUGUCAGCUGUGAUGUAUUUAAGGACUCAACAUCAACUUUACCAGGUCAUCAUCAAAGUCCAAAACAGAAGGAAACUCACACUUAUAUCAGAGAUGCAGUUAAAGCUGCUGGGCUACAUAUUGUUAAAAUACUUCCACAAUUCUCACUCUCAUGGAGAAAGCCUUCGGCUCACACAUCUGGAUUCAGGAUUGUGCUGCUGGGAAAAAGUGACGACAAAAAGACAAAACUUGGUAACUUCAUCAUUGGGGACCAAGCUUUCCAUUACCAAAAACUGUCCUCAGUCACACACUCUGUGAUAGCCAAUCGAGAGUGGGGAGGAAAACCAUUAAUAGUGGUGAAAACUCCAAACGUCUUCAGUCUGUCUGAGGAGACAUUGAGAAGAGAGAUGAAGAACUGUGUGACUCUGUGUCCUCCUGGACCAAAUGUUCUUCUGCUGUUAGUGAAACCUUCUGAUUUCACUGAGGAGAACAGACAAACACUGAAGUUCAUCCUGAGUUUGUUUGGUCAAGAUGCUUUAAAAUACUCAAUGGUCAUCAUGACACAUGAGGGGAAUAAACGCAUCUCUGUGAAUCAGCUUCUUAUAGACUGUGGAGGAAGACAAUACAACAUGGUUGAAGACAACCACACAUUGUUAAUGCAGAAGAUUGAGAGCAUUGUGCAUGUAAACAAAGGAACCUUCCUCACCUUCACUGAAGAGACCAUAAGACCAAAGUCUGAACUCAUCAAACCAGCUUUAAACCUGGUUCUGUGUGGGAGGAGAGGAGCAGGGAAGACUUCAGCAGCCGAGGCCAUUUUAGGUCAGACAGAGUUUCAUUCAGUCUCCAACUCAUCAGAGUGUGUUAAACAUCGGGGAGAGGUGUGUGGACGUUGGGUUUCCCUGGUGGAGCUGCCUGCCUUGUAUGGAGAACCUCAGGAGGCAGUGAUGGAGGAAUCACUCAGGAGUAUCUCCCUCUGUGAUCCUGAGGGUGUCCAUGCCUUCAUCCUGGUCCUACCUGUGGGUCCCCUCACUGAUGAAGACAAGGGAGAGUUAGAGACCAUCCAGAACACAUUCAGCUCUCGAGUCAAUGACUUCACCAUCAUUCUGUUCACUGUGGACUCAGAUCCUACAGCUCCAGCUGUUGUUAACUUUGUGGAAGAAAACAGAGACAUCCAGGAGCUCCGUCAGAGCUGUGGAGGAAGAUAUGUUGUUCUCAACAUCAAGGACAAGCAGCAGAUCCCAGAGCUGUUGGACAUGGUGGAAAAAAAUAUUAAUAAACCACACUGCUAUACGACUGACACAUUUACACAUGCACAAAUGGAUAAAGAAAUACAACUUGAGAGGCUGAUAAAGAAGAACAAGAUCAGUGGUGAUGAUGAAGAACGGAGUCCAGAGUGUCUCAGGAUUGUGCUGAUAGGGAAGACUGGCUGUGGAAAGAGCUCUUCAGGAAACACCAUUCUAGGAAGAAAAGGGUUUAAAGCUGAAUCGAGCCAAACAUCAGUCACUAAACACUGUCAGAAAGAACAGAGUGAAGUCGAUGGUCGUCAGGUGGUUGUGGUCGACACUCCUGGUCUGUUUGACAAUAGUUUGUCUCAUGAAGAAGUUCAUGAGGAGAUGGUGAAAUGCAUCAGUCUUCUGGCUCCAGGACCACAUGUCUUCCUGUUGGUGUUACACAUCGGCAGAUUUACACCAGAGGAGAAGGAGACAUUAAAACUUAUCAAGGAAGGAUUUGGGAAGAAUUCUGAGAAGUUUACCAUCAUUCUUUUAACUGGAGGAGAUACACUGGAAGAUGAGGAGCUGUCGAUCGAUGAGUACAUUGAAGAGAAGUGUGAUGAUUCCUUUAAGAAGCUGAUCUCUGACUGUGGAGGAAGAUACCAUGUGUUUAAUAACAAAGAUAAACACAAACGCACACAGGUCAGUGAGCUGAUAACCAAGAUUGACACCAUGGUGAAGGAAAAUGGAGGCAGCUGCUACACUAAUGAGCUGCUGCAAGAGGCCGAAGCAUCAAUAAAGAAAGAAAUGGAGAGAAUCCUGAAGGAGAAGGAAGAAGAGAUGAAGAGAGAGAGGGAGGAGCUUCAAAGAAAACAUGAGGAAGAAAUGGAAGAAAUGAAAAGAAGAAUGGAAGAACAGAGAGCAGAAACUGAAAAGGAGAGAAAACUGAGAGAAAAACAACUUGAAGAAAGGGAGGAAAACAUCAAAAAGGAACGUGAGGAGAGAAAGAUAGAACAGGAAAUGAGAGAAGAAGAAGACAGGAAGAGAAAACAACAGGAAGAAAUUCAACAACAGAAGUGGAAACAGAAAGUUGAAGCUUUGGAAGAAAAAAUAAAAUCAGAAUUAGAGGAAAAAGAAAUCACUAAAAGAAAGCUGGAGGAAAUCAGAGAAGAGAUGAGAAAAGAACGAGAGAAUGAAGAGAAAAAACAAAAAGAAUGGUGGGAAAAGCGAUAUGAAGAAGAUGAACAGAGACGACAGGAGGAACAAACAAAAAUGAAAAAGCUUCAAGAAGAAUACGAACAGGAAAGAGAAAACUAUGAAAAGAAAAGAAAAGAAGAGGAUCGAAUCAGAAGAGAACAAGAGGAAAAAGAGAAAGAAAAACAGAGAGCAGAAAUUGAAAAGGAGAGAAAACUGAGAGAAAAACAACUUGAAGAAAAGGAGGAAAACAUCAAAAAGGAACGUGAGGAGAGAAAGAAAGAACAGAAAAUGAGAGAAGAAGAAGAAAGGAAGAGAAAACAACAGGAAGAAAUUCAACAACAGGAGUGGAAAGAGAAACAAAAAGCUUUGGAGGAAAAAAUAAAAUCAGAGUCAGAAUCAAAGGAAACCAUUGAUAGAAAGCUGGAGGAGAGCAGAGAAGAGAUGAGAAAAGAACGAGAGAACUGGGAGAAACAACAAAAAGAAUGGUGGAAAAAACAAACUCAGGAAAAUGAACAGAGACGACGGGAGGAACAAACAAAACUGAAAAACCUUCAAGAAGAAUACGAACAGGAAAGAGAAAACGAUAGAAAGAAAAGAGAAGAAGAGGAUCGACUCAGAAAAGAACAAGAGGAAAAAGAGAAAGAAGAACAGAGAGCAGAAAUUGAAAAGGAGAGAAAACUGAGAGAAAAACAACUUGAAGAAAAGGAGGAAAACAUCAAAAAGGAACGUGAGGAGAGAAAGAAAGAACAGGAAAUGAGAGAAGAAGAAGACAGGAAGAGAAAACAACAGGAAGAAAUUAAACGACAGGAGUGGAAACAGAAAGUUGAAGCUUUGGAGGAAAAAAUAAAAUCAGAGUCAGAAUCAAAGGAAACCAUUGAUAGAAAGCUGGAGGAGAGCAGAGAAGAGAUGAGAAAAGAACGAGAGAACUGGGAGAAAAAACAAAAAGAAUGGUGGGAAGAACGAUUUGAAGAAAAUGAACAGAUACGACGGGAUGCACAAACAAAACUGAGAAAGCUUCAAGAAGAAUAUGAACAGGAAAGAGAAAACGAUGAAAAGAAAAGAGAAGAAGAGGAUCGAAUCAGAAGAGAAAAAGAGGAAAAAGAGAAAAAAGACAUCGAGGAGAACUAUAAGAAAAAACUGGAGAAUCUGAAGAAGAGAAAUGAAGAAGAAGCCAGAAAGAAAGCUGAAGAGUUCAAUGAAUUCAAAGAGAAAUACAAAAAGGAAUCUGCAGCUCUGAAGGAAGAACAUGAGAAACAAAUGAAAGACAAAGAUCAACAAUAUAACUUCUUACAGGCUCUUAAAGACCAAAGUGAAGAACAAAUGAAGAAGAAACAUCAAGAGGAAAUUCAUGACUUAAUGAAAAAAUAUCAAGGUGAAAUUUGUGACGUAGUGAAAUGUGUGACCAAAAAGAAAGGAAAUCUGAAAAAAAUCAGAGAGUUACUGACAAAACAUGAAGAAGAAACGAAGAAUGCGAAAAGUGAGGAGACAAAUCUGCUGCAAAAACAUGAAAAAGAAAUGAAUGAGUUGAUACAGGAACUGAUGAAUGAAGACGAUUCAUGUUGUAUUUUAUGAGAUUUGUUCGAGGUAAACUUCACAACAACAGAUCAGUUUCAGAAGUUUCCUUUUUUCUACUUUCAUUUAGUUUCAAUCAGUGAAACUUUAAAGAAGGAAAGAUUCCAUAGUAAUAUUCAGCAGUGGACUACACUGUAAUGUAAAGCAUAGCAACAGUAGUGAUGCUGCAGGAUUCAUCAGCAGGUAACCAUAGCAACAGUAGUGAUGCUGCAGGCUUCAUCAGCAGGUAGUGAAACUAAAGCCGAGUGCAGAAUAUAAAGAAUCUCUUCAUGUUUGUUUCAGACUGUGAUCAUGUUGAUGUGGAGGUGCAGAAACCUCACAGCUGAUCUCAGACGAGUUUUUACUGAUUACAACUUUAUUGAAGAGAUUCACAACUGAAGUGAAUGAUCUCAACAUUGAACAGAAACACAGCAGCAGUCACUGUGGGUCAGAUGAUACCAGUUCUUUGGAGUAAUGUUAUAGUCUUAGUUUUUAGAUUUUAAUCAUCAGUUUUUACAUUAUUUGUCUCCCUGGUGUUUAUUUUUAUAUCGACUUUUACUUUUUUGAUGUUUUACAUUUUAUUGUUUCUGUUAAAUUCAUUAUUCAUCGUACAAAACUGUAUCUAUUAUUCAUUUUUGUUUUUAUGUGUUGUGUCAGUUUGUUCUGUGAAGUCAAUAAGAGCAUUUGAUAAUAUCUCCCAUAUAAUCAUCAAACCUCUGGUCUGUUCACUGGUUUCUGAAAAUAAUAGUUCAAUUUAUAACAUACAGGAUUCUUUUGGUUUGUUACCUUAAAAAGUUUGGCCAAAUCAGUUGUAUCAUUAUAUUGUAAAAAUAAUAAUAAUAACAAUAAUAAUUGUAGAUAAGUUUAUUGUUUUACCUUUUCACCUCAAAUAAGUUGAUUAUUGUAAAAAAAAUAAAAAAAUAGAAAAUCUUUAUGAUAUGAUGUAUUUGUUCCUAAUUAUUAAUGUAAUUAUUGACGGAUUAAAACAGACAACAGCUCAGUAAAGAAAGACUUCAGCAGCUGGAAGCUCUGUUUGGUCAUUAGAGAUGAUCUUUGUUUUCUUUUGAAUAUGAGAAAGAAAAUGAUGUUUGUGAGUGAAAUGAAAUGUUUAGAUGUCAUUCACUCUGUUUUCUCUGCAACACCCAAAUCACAAAUAUCACAGCAAAUAUUAAAUAUGAAUCCAAGCUGAAUAUCAUUUAAACUGCUCAUCAGAUGAAUCAGAAUGAUAAAGAAUGACUUUAUAGACAAUGAAUGCUUUGAUGUUUCUCUGUUUUGUUACAUGUCCAAUAAGAAUAGAUGCUUUAUAACUGAUGACAUCAACUUAAGACAGAAUUCAGAUGAAUCUUUAAUUGUAUGUUCUGUGUUUGAUCUUUGGUUUCUGUGUUUAUCAUUAUAAAAGAUGAAUAAAGUGUUUCCCUGUA